AUGAUCAAAUAUGUCCUACCAAUUCAAGACAUCGUGAAUUUACAGAUAAAACAAAUCUUCCUAGUACUGUUAGAAUUCAACCCAGAGCAAGAAUCAUGUUUUUGAACAAUUCCCAAUACAGACACCACAUAGCUAACGGUACCAUAGGCAUUGUAACAAAUCUCAAUUUACAAAUUGGCCUGGUGUAUGUUAGUUUCUGUGUUGAAAGAGCAAUCAUUAAUACUUCGUUCACUAAAUACACCCACAACUUUUACCUUAAUGGCUUACCUGCCAGUAGCACACAAUACCCCAUACAAAAUGCAUUCGCUCUUACAUAUAGACAAGCCUAUGUAGCAUUAAGCUGCUGCACGAAAUGGGAACAUGUAAAAAUCCAAUCACUUGAUCAUGAUGCAUUUACUGUUGAUCGAUCAAUGACCGAUGAAUAUGAACAACUAGAAUCCAAAGCACUUGAACCAUUAUCACUAAAUAGAUAA